AUGUAUUCAGCGUUUGGCUAUUACGACUCCAACCAGCUGUCAGCCGAUACUAUGGAGAAAAUGCCGUACAGAAAAAGGAAUAAGAUGAAAGACAGAUCGAACGCGCAGGAGAAGUGGAAGGAAGCAUGCCUCAGUGUCAAUCCUGACUUUGACAACCUACCGGAGGCGGCUAAGGAGGUGAUAGAGUCGAAGCUCAAAGUUGAGUAUUACAUCGCUUUGGGCGCUGAUACAUCGCUGCCGAAAACUGUAACCAGUGGCAGCAUCCAAACACCAAGGGUCUCUCCUUUGGUCAGGCGACCACCGCGCGUCCCGUCCAGGGCUCCGUCGGCCCCAGAAGUCGCCAUUCCAGCACGACCUGUCGCUCCUAUUGGACCACUGCCACCACUCCCUCUUCUCCCAAGCUUGGCAAUACCGCCACCUGUGUCGCCAAUACCUUCCAUUCCAGCUCUGCAGACUUUAGCCCCAAUCCAACCCUUCCCACCUCUUGUGCCAAAUAAUCCUUACUUGACUCCAUUUUACCAACCAGAGGAUAAGAACGCAGUUGCCAGCACUUCUACAGCCACUUUGGCUGAAGGAUUUUACCCGAUCAGCAAGCCGGAUCGACCACGCUAUUACGAUCCGUCAAUUUCCGCAUUUUCAGCCACAAAAUUGGCACAAUCGUCUUCUGCUUACGUGGACUACCCGUCGAUUUACGACUGUCGCGAGGAUUUCUACUCUACGGCAACCAAUAAUAACGACAGCAACAACAAUAAUAAUACCUCCACCUGGCAGCCCGGUAAUAACAACAAUAACAAUAUCAGUAAUAAUAAUAACAACAAUAACAACGAUGAACCAUUCGACUACACUUUCGAGGCAUUGAACCAGUGGAACUUCUAA